AUGCUGCGCGGCACUUCGCUGGCGCGAGCGGCAUCGCGCUCGUUCGGUACAGUCAAAAAGAGGGGCGCUUCGCCGCAGGUGUCACCACCAGCGACGGCGGGGGCAUCUGUAUCAUCGCCGCAUGUUGCAGUCUUCACAAGCGUCAAGGAGUCGCUUGACAGCCUCCUGGGGGAGGCCGCACAGGGCAAUGAUGCUGCACCAGCGACAGAAACCGCGCAGCCGCCCAGCACGAGGGAGUUGGACAGCGACGAUGCACUCAGCAUAGGACACACAGGAGGUGUGACGAUGCCGGCGUACUACCACCCAAUGAACCUCCGCGAGACACUCUACGAGGGCGAGGUAGCGGAGUGGUUGCGUGCGGCCGCAGUGGCGGGACGAUUCCGCUCGCCUGUGUGGGCAACUAAAGGUGCUUUGGCGCGUCUCGGCCACACCGUCAAGGAUUCCGCGGUAGCGGUGAACGUUCCCACUACGAUGCAGAUGGUGGAGCUGUAUAACCUUGAGCAAACAGACGCACCAGAGGCGGUUGUGAGUGCCUCACUGAAAGGAGGGAUGAAUCCAAAACAGUCGCCAAAUCUACCACUCAACGCCGCAGGACGUCCACACCCACUACGAGUUCGGCGCAUUCUGCAGGAACAUCCCUCGUACCGUCAGUAUACGUCCCCAUAUUGGAUCACAGAGGAGGAGUUGCCUGCGCUCGGUACGACGGUUCUGUCCGCGCAGAGAGGCUGCGGAAUUCUUAUUCCUCGUUCUGCACCUGCAGUUACGCCGCCGAGGCCGCCGUCUUCGUGUGGCCAGGAUGACGGACACCAUGAGCCUUGCGAACAUACACCGUCACCGGUAUCAGAUUUCUACAUGCUGUACAAUGCUGCACAACUAGAGGAUCCAGAGAAGGUGACAAGUGAAACAUGCACCCCCAUUGAGUGUGUAAACAACAAUGGCCAGCGCUACAAUAUACCCCUCACGGUGUGCAUGCGCCAAUACUGCCAGAAGUACCACCUCAGCACAGAACCGCUGGUGGUGUUUGUCACAGCUGCGCGAGUUCGUUCCCUUGGAGGAGACUUGCGCUCGGCGGGGGACGCCGUGCCACCGUUUACAUGCGUGAUCAAGGAUGAUGUGGUAACGCUUUACCACGCAGAGCAAACAACAAUACAAGAGAAAUUGGUUCAACGGGCCAUUUCGGGGCGACGCGAGCGGCUGGAUCGCAUCACAUCUUCCAGCGUGUGA